ACCGCGCGUUCCCCGUUCGGAUAGCGCUGUAGUGCAGCGUUUUUCUGUCUCUGAGGCAAAAACCGCGCGGGAGAGAAGGGAGGAGCGGCGACCGCUGACGACAUCGAAGUGACGGGGAGCAGAUCCGGACGGCGUCUUUGGAACAGGGUUCCGGCAGGCCUGGGAUCGCAACCGCAGCGGAAUUUAACGUAGACACAGUCGCGGCGCGGUCUUCGAGCAGGCACGAUGGCCGACGUGGAGCAACAGCUUGGCGCCACUCAGAACGGGCACGAAGCGGAAGCGGCCGAGGGCUCCGCUGGUGGCGGCGGCGACGAAGAGCAGCAGCAGCAGCACCAGGAGCAGAUGGAGGAGGAGGAGGAGGAGGAAGAAGAGGUGGUGGCGGCGGCCGUGGCCGAGGAGGAGGAGGAAGAGGAGGAGGAGGCGGCCGAGGCAGGGGACGGAGGCGAGGAGGGGCAGUCGGCCGCCCCGGCGGAGGCGACCGGCAGCCAGAAUGGAGCCGAGGGCGACCAGAUCAACGCCAGCAAGAACGAGGAAGACGCGGGGAAAAUGUUUGUUGGGGGCCUUAGCUGGGAUACAAGCAAGAAAGACUUGAAAGACUAUUUCACAAAAUUUGGUGAGGUGUCUGACUGCACAAUAAAGAUGGACCCCAAUACAGGAAGAUCAAGAGGUUUUGGGUUCAUUCUCUUUAAAGAGGCUGCAAGUGUUGACAAAGUUUUGGAACAGAAAGAGCACAAGUUAGAUGGACGUGUGAUUGAUCCUAAAAAAGCAAUGGCAAUGAAGAAGGAUCCUGUGAAGAAAAUAUUUGUUGGUGGACUUAACCCCGAAGCAACAGAAGAUAAAAUCAGGGAAUAUUUUGGAGAAUUCGGAGAGAUUGAAGCAAUUGAACUUCCAAUGGAUCCAAAGACCAAUAAAAGAAGAGGCUUUGUGUUCAUCACAUUUAAGGAAGAAGAUCCAGUCAAGAAGAUUAUGGAGAAAAAAUUCCACAAUGUCAGUGGCAGUAAGUGUGAGAUAAAGAUAGCCCAGCCGAAAGAAGUGUAUCAACAACAGCAGUUUGGUUCUGGGGGUGGCAGAGGAAGAGGUGGAAGAAGAGCUCAAAGUCAAAAUUGGAAUCAAAGUUAUGACAAUUACUGGAACCAGGGUUAUGGGAGUCAAGGAUACGGCUAUCAGCAAGGUUAUGGUGGCUAUGGAGGCUAUGAUUAUUCAGGAUAUGGGUAUUUUGGAUAUGGACCGGGCUAUGAUUACAGUCAAGGCAGUUCAAAUUACGGAAAGGCUCCAAGACGUGGUCAUCAGAAUAACUACAAGCCAUAUUGAUCAAAGGUAUUCAGGUAUGCAGUGGCAAGCUCUAAUGCAGGACUGCUGCAUAGGUUUUGUACUCAAUGCUGUAGAUGGACAUUACAAUUAUGUACCAAAUUUAACUUUACAAUAAAUUUCUAUGGCCUGUUAUGUGUAUCAGAAGAGCUCCCUUGGAAACGUCUUUGUUUAAUAUUUACAGAUAAUAGUUGUUUAGACAGUGUGGUGUGUAAAUUUCAGCCUUGCUGAAGAUUAAUGAUUUUAUGGAUAGGUUAGAUUGAAACUGAUUUUGAGGCUCUGCUUAAAGCUGCAGCUCUGCAUCUAGGGGCUGCCUUGGAGUGAACUAUGAACUAUGUUAUUCCAGUUGUACAGAAUAAGAUGCAUCUUAGGGAACCAGUGUCACUUUCCACCUUUUUAUUUUGUAUUGGUUUUGUGUCAUACAUUUCCUGUAAUGGAAGUGUUAAUUUUACUGUACUUUUUGGUACCUUUUUGGAAUCUAAUGUAUUGUAAGGUAUUUUACAUGUGUUCUGAUCACCAUGACAUGGAUAUUGAUGCUAU